GUGAUAAUUUUAUUAAAUAGUUCCAGAGUUGAUGACAAACCCGAAGGGUCGCCGUGGCGGCUCUUGUUCCUCGGCAUCGCAAGCAAACGAGGGACUAUGUCGAAAGUGUAACGCUGGGGAAAACAAGGACAGCAAGUGAAUCGAGUGUGAACAUUGCAGUCGAUGGAUCCACAAACGAUGCUCAACUAUCGCUGAUUUGGUGUUAGAUUCUCUAGAUGCUAUUCCCAAGCUUCAUUACAAAAAUGUACGCCAGCAGCUGGCAACUACGAGAUUUGAAACACAUGAGUUAACACGGUUGACUGAAAUUCGUAUCAAGGGUGUUCCUGAAUGUACUACUAACGGUUACGCUGACAGAAUAAACCAUGAUUCUAAUGAGAUUAACAAGAUUCUCACAACUCUUGAUGAGUUUUACCAGAAAAAUGUAGCUAGUGUUUUUCUACUUGGACGCUAUGUCCCAACUUCUAACCGACCAAGAUUCUUACUUGUACGAUUCACAAACGAGUGGACUGCGAAUAAAUCUCUUGCCAAAGGACAUCUUUUGCUGAACCAUUCUUCUCCUCUCUAUCUUUCUAAAUCUUUGUCGCCAGAAGAACUUUAACUGGAAAAUAAGUUUUAUAGUUUUUAUAUGGUAGCCAGAAGACAAUGAUCUGAUGCAAUCGAAUUCGGCUGCUAGAACUACUAGUGGUUUUCCUUCCUCAGUGACCACAAAAUAUAUCGUAUUGAAAUCGAGUAACGGAGCCCAACAACCUGUUGUUACAAAAGUUGUAAAAGCUCCAGUUUCUACGCCCUCAAUUAAUUCAAUUAGUUUGAAAACAUCAGCGAAAAAUUCGGAUGUUGCUGUAUCUACAAGAUCCAAUACUAUAGCAAAGAAAGCGUACGAAAAACUCGGAGCUGACGACUUUUUAAAGCGGGUCACAGGAGGAAGUACACGAUCUAAACAGAUUGUGACUGCUACCAGCUCGACGGCGCUUGCUGGCGGAGCUAUAUCUGGUUCAGAUCAUAAUGGAAGCAACAAAAAACCCUCUCCCCCAAAACAGAUCAAUAUAUUCUCGGCCCUGGAAGAUGACGUGGUCCAGUCGAAGAAGGUGUCACCUGGAGUGGCAGGGAAAAAAAUGUCCACUCGGAUAGAGAUGAGCUGCACUUAUCAACCACCGAAGUCAGCCUCGAAAACAACUUUUUCUGGUGUUAAAAUAUCAGAUGAAAUUACUAAGUCGACUCCUUUGACGAACUCUCCACAGUCUUUGUUGGAGAAGCUGUCAAACAAAGACGACUGGCUGUUGGAGUUCAGUGGCAGUCCCAACAGAAGUCCCUCCAAACCAGGAGGAAGCGCCGCGGAUUUGAACUCCAGCGACGAGGAAGACAGCGCAUCCCGCUCAAAGCGUAACAAUAGAGUGAAAGAAAAAACAACUGAGGUCACCAGCAGGGCAGGAUUUUCAACGAAAAAUGAGCAGGAUGAAGCUAAUCUGGACUCCUCGAUUGAGGAAAUCAAGCGUGAUGUUUAUGAUGGUGACGUGGAAGUUCUUGAAGAAGAGGACGGCAAUGAACUGAAAGAGAGUAGGAAGACACGAGCGACCAAGGAAGAUAAAGACAAGGGAUUGAGUUUUGUGGAAGCGAGGACGAGGAGAAAAAGGAAGCCGCCCACAUACUUUGGAUACGAAGACCACGAAUUGUCAUACAAUCUAGGGUUAAACCCAGUGUUCACUCAAGAAGAACUUGAUGCACAGGCAGCGGCCAAGAAGAAGCGUUCAGCAUCACAGUCCAACGACAACCUCAGUACUGCUUCUAGUAACUCCUCUGGUUCGAGGAGACGCAGGAAAGAUCCACGCAGCAGGAACAAAGGCAGAGAUACAACUGCAACAGAAGCCUUAGCAGAGGAUUUAAGUGACAGCGAUGACGAGGAAGACAACAGGUCCCUCAGCAGUAGUUUCUCAUCCCUCCGCUCACUCAAGGCCACUGAGAAGGCUUUUGAGCUGUCUCCUGUUGAUUCGAGCGACGAAGAACCUCUUAAUUCCGUUGUACAAAAAGAAAAGGCGAGGCCGGAGAACUCAGCGUUUAAAUCAGAAGUUGAAGAUAUGAGCAGUAGUCCUACCAAAGGCGGGGAGGCCAGCGAAGUUGAGCAGACGGCAUUCCGCCUAUACUAUAAAGAACACUCCUCGGCUGUGGAAAGUAUACACAAGGAUGGAGAUCAUUCGGAAAAGAAGAAGACGCCAACAUCUCAGGAGAUAUCGGAGAGGGUUAAUAACAUGUGGUGUGGUCUGGGUCCAGAUGAAAGGGAAAAGUAUUUGAAACAGGCCAGAGAACUCACUCAGAUCAAACUGCCUCCUCAGCUUAUCAAAAAGAAACCACUGCUCAAUUCUGCGUACUCGUCUGGUGCAACAUCGCAAAUUACCGCAGAUCAAACAAAGGGAGACGUCGGCCACAAAAAGAGCAAGUUCGAAUCCAAAAAGAAGUGUUCGAAAGAUAAGGAUCAGAGUGUUCUGAGUAAGCUGGCAGCUGACUUGGAUGAUACCUCAGACUCCUCCGACGUGGAAGAGGACCACUUCGAGGAGGAAGACACAAGAGACGAAGAGGAUUCGCCUGUGAAGCUAAGCACGAAGAGAAAGCUGAACAGGGUCAAGAUAGAAUCGACUUCGAGUAGCGAGGCAGAAACAAGCAGUUCCUCCGCAGGCAGCCAAACCUCGUCAGACUCCCAAUUGGAACAAAGACUCAAAGUGAAGUCCAAGAAACAUCAGGACAAAUCUAAAUGGAAGAAACACAGGUCGGAGAAGAAUAAGUCGCCCCAGAAACAAGCAGCGCAGCCUCCAAGUCCGCCCAAGAUAUGCUUCAACUGUCCCAAACAGGCUGUAAAGAGCAAUUUAUGGUGCAGUGAUGGACAGUACUGCAGCAUAUCGUGCUGUGUACUGUACAGUAAAAAGUGCUUCAACGACUGGGUUGCAGAAAGAAAACGGAAGGCUGAUUUAAAGCGAGAAGAGAAAGAGAUAGAAGCCCUGAAACAUGCCAAGGAUUUCUUCUGCAUCGAAACUGAGGCAGAUGACGAAGAUAGCGGGGAGCAGCAAGAGAGUGUGGUAGCAUCAGAUGAAUGCACACAGGAGGCGCCUCCGCCCUUUUCUUCAGGCCCUGUAAAACUCGAAUAAACUAAUUUUUUGUCAAACAAAUGUUUAACGUGGAUCAUUUAUUCUGUCCAUAUUCAAUAAGAAAAAAUUGAAGCUUAUCUUCAGUUUCAAUAAUUAAAGUGAGAAAUCCGUAUAAAGUUGUUUGAUUUUGCGUAUGUUAAACAUGCUCUUUUUUCGCUU